AUGGUCUUCAUUGAGGCGGGUUCGAACCCGAGCCUACAACCCAGCUGCUAUGUCAUUUUCGGGAUUUCUGUGAUAGUUAACUCAUUCAUUGAGGCUGAGUUAGGGGUCGACAACGUCCGCAUAUUUGGCACCGUUAUUCUCCAAAUCCAGCAUGGUGGUCCUCUACCUCCGACUAGCUUCGAAUCCGACGCAAAGGAAGUUCCUACUUGUCGAAGACAACAACCUUUAUAUGCGCGCCUAUCUCGGUCAUGUGAAGCCCAACGUUCCCGGUUCAGGCCCUCCUCCGCCGAAGAACUCUGCACGUCCGUUGAAGUUUACGUGAGCACAAUCUGCGCCUCAGUCCCAAUCAUGCGUUCAAUCAUCAAAGUGCAUAUGGGGGGCAGCAGUGCGGAUCGUGGGCCCAGCCAUGAGCUAGACGAAAAUUCUGACAGCAAUCGCGGACAAGCAUUGACGCUCAACAACGGAUGGAGUAAAACCACGGCGAGACCUCAACAGCCUGCAGAGGGCGGAGAAGAGCUGGAAGAGGCACUUAGCAAGUCUAAAAGCCACCGGAGCAGUAGCUUGUCAAAUGAUAGUGAAGUGGUUAUUAUCACACCAGAGGAGUAUCGACAACGGCAGCAACAGGAUCAACGGCAAUAUAAACAAGCGUAA